GUUUAAACUGUCCAGAUUUCGGCUUUCCUUGGAAGCCUAUCUAGAAGCAGCACGUGUUUCUGAGGAACCAGACUGGGAAAUAUAUAAUAGUAUAGCUGAAUGUUACAUGCACCUGAGAGACGCCAAUAGUGCAAAGGAAUAUGCUAGAAAAGCAAUUCAAUAUGGUAAACAGGAAGAAUCGUAUUCAUUGCUUACGAAAAUAUUUGAUCUAGAAGGUGAUGUUCGGUCUGCAAUUGCUGUGUGUAUAGCAGCAAUAGGAUCAUGCCCCGAUAAUAUCGAAAUGAUGACACAGUUGGGUAUGUUUUAUCUUCGACAGCGAGAAACGCAAAUGGCUUUUGAAAAAUUUACUACCGCCUUAGAAGUUGAACCUGAAUGCACUAAAGCACUUUUAGGAGUUGGGUGUAUAACGCAGGCCCAUGGCGAAUACGACGUAGCAUUAUCCAAAUAUAAAAUCGCUCUGCAACAUAAUCCAGAAUCCGUUGCGUUGUGGAAUAACGUCGGAUUAUGUUUCUACUCGAAACAGAAAUACGUUGCCGCCGUUACUUGUCUAAAAAGGGCGUUAUGGAUAUCACCAUUGAACUGGAAGGUUCUGUUUAAUUUAGGCCUUGUUCAUCUUGCUACCCAACAAGCUGCUUCCGCAUUCAAUUUUCUCUGCGCAUCAAUUAACAUUCGCCCAGAUGUCUCGUUUUGCUUUACGGCUUUGGGGUACGUAUUACUAGAAUUGCAAGAUUCACAAAACGCCCUAAGGGCCUUCGCACAAGCUGAAAUGAUAUCACCAGGAAAACCUGCAGUAAUGGUAAAUCUUUGCAUUUGCCUGUAUCUAAUGGGUCGGCAUCGUGAUGCCUCUAAUAAGGUUCAGGAAGUUCUUGCAUUGAAAACUGAAGAUUCUAAUGACAAAGAGGCAUUUGAUCUUGCACUGAAACUGUCCUCUGUACUAGAAGAAAACCGAACAUCAAACGAAGUCAUGGAGACAUCCAAGCUGCCUGCUGACAUUAAAUCAAAAGAUACAAAUAACACGUGCAGAAAUAAAGUACAACAUGAUUUAAAACCCGAUGAAGUGUAGCUACAUACAUAAGUGCAUGAACGUAAUUACAGUUUGGAACAAAAUAAGUCUGUACGUUUUGCAGAUGAAAACAAAUGAAAAUUACCUUUUAUUCUUAACCACCCAAGAGAAUUGGGGCAAAGUCGCGAAGGACUCUCGAAGCUUUGGAACUGUUACCAAUCAACACUAGAAUUAGUCUUCC